AUGAAUUUAAAGGGAAAUGUUGACAAAGAUGCCAAAUACUGGGCUAAAAGAAAGGCCAACUUUAUACUGGAUAUUGAUCCAAAAUUAGCAAAGCAGCGGGAUAAGAAUGAUACUUAUAAGAGGUUCAGACAUUUGCUUAGCCUCACAGAUUUAUUUCGUCAUUUCAUCAGCAUUCGGGCCAAACAAGACAAGAAUAUACAAAAGUUGUUGAGAGGAAUUGAUUCAGAUUCCAAGAGGAAGAAAAGUAUCAGCGAUGGCACGCGUCAUAACAGAAAAAGUGAAAAGGAGGAAGAUGCAGAGCUUAUGGCUGACGAGGAAAUUGAAGGUGAUGAUGAUUAUGGAGACUCAAAUUUUGUCACUGAAAGUCCUUCUUAUAUCCAACAUGGGAAGCUGCGUGAUUAUCAAAUACAAGGUUUGAAUUGGCUGAUUGCUCUUCAUGAGAACAAACUUUCUGGUAUCCUAGCUGACGAAAUGGGUCUUGGUAAAACCUUGCAAACCAUAUCAUUUCUUGGGCAUCUGCGGUACCGUAAGGGUAUUGAAGGCCCUUUCCUGGUGAUAGUACCGAAGUCAACACUCGACAAUUGGAGAAGAGAAUUCGCUAAAUGGACACCAGAAGUUAACGCAAUCGUGUUACAUGGAGACAAAAACGCAAGACAGGAAAUUUUGCAAGAUGUUAUCUUAGAGGCGAAAUUUGAUGUGCUUAUUACAUCAUAUGAAAUGGUGAUAAAGGAGAAAGGAACACUCAAGAGGUUAGCUUGGCAGUACAUUAUUAUCGAUGAGGCUCACCGUAUAAAGAACGAGGCAAGUACUCUUUCUCAAAUCAUUAGACUGUUCUAUUCUAAGAACCGUUUGCUAAUUACGGGUACACCGCUUCAGAAUAAUUUGCACGAGCUUUGGGCUUUGCUGAAUUUUCUACUGCCUGACGUGUUUGGAGAUUCGGAGAUUUUCGAUGAAUGGUUUGAACAAAACAACAGCGAAGAGGAUCAGGAAGUUGUUGUUCAACAGUUGCAUACCGUCUUGAAUCCUUUCCUGCUGAGAAGAAUUAAAGCCGACGUUGAGAAGUCAUUGCUGCCGAAGAUCGAGACAAAUCUCUAUGUCGGUAUGACUGACAUGCAGAUACACUGGUAUAAAUCUUUACUAGAGAAAGAUAUCGAUGCUGUGAACGGCGUUGUUGGGAAGCGUGAGGGGAAGACACGACUACUGAACAUUGUCAUGCAACUAAGAAAGUGCUGUAAUCAUCCAUAUUUAUUUGAAGGUGCAGAGCCGGGUCCACCUUAUACCACAGACGAGCACCUUGUCUACAACGCAGGUAAGAUGAUUGUUUUAGACAAGCUACUUCAUAGAUUAAAGGAGAAGGGAUCAAGGGUACUCAUUUUCAGUCAAAUGUCAAGACUAUUGGAUAUAUUAGAGGAUUAUUGUUUUUUCAGAGAAUAUGAAUAUUGUAGAAUCGAUGGUUCCACUGCGCAUGAGGAAAGAAUUGAAGCUAUCGACGAAUUUAAUAAACCAGACUCUGAAAAGUUUGUUUUUUUGUUAACCACUCGUGCUGGUGGUCUCGGAAUCAACUUGGUUACGGCAGAUACGGUUGUUCUGUAUGACUCUGACUGGAAUCCCCAGGCUGAUCUGCAAGCCAUGGAUAGAGCUCACAGAAUUGGUCAAAAGAAGCAAGUUCAUGUUUAUCGCUUCGUCACAGAAAAUGCUAUCGAAGAGAAAGUCAUCGAAAGAGCUGCACAGAAGCUGAGACUGGACCAACUGGUUAUUCAACAAGGUAAUGGUAAGAAGACUGCCAAUUUGGGGAAUAAUAAGGACGAUUUGAUAGAAAUGAUCCAGUUUGGUGCCAAGAACGUCUUCGAGAAACAGUCUUCGAAAAUAAGCGUGGACGACGAUAUUGAAGAGAUCCUGCAGAAAGGUGAUCGGAAAACCAAAGAACUCAAUGCUAAAUAUGAAGCACUUGGUUUGGAUGACCUGCAGAAAUUCAACGGUACUGAAAAUCAAUCCGCUUAUGAAUGGAAUGGUAAAAACUUUCAAAAGAAGUCGGACGACAAGGUUGUUGAAUGGAUAAACCCUUCAAGAAGAGAAAGAAGAAGGGAACAGCAAACCUACUCAGUUGAUGACUACUACAAAGAAAUAAUCGGCGGCAAUCAAAAAUCAUCAAAUAAGUCUACGCCACAACCAAAAGCUCCACGGGCUCCAAAAUUGGUACAAGGACAAGACUUCCAGUUUUUCCCUAGGGAGUUGGAUGCACUGCAAAAGAAAGAGCAAUUGUCAUUCAAGAAGAAAGUCAAUUACAAAGUUACCGCUUCAGAUUUUGGAGGUGAGACAGACAGCGAGGAUGAAGAUGGCCGCGAACGGGAGCCCGAUGCAGAAUGGUGUGACGAAGAAACUUCUAAUAAGAUUCGACUGAGACAAGAAGAAAUUGACUCUGCCGAGGAUUUUACUGCAGAAGAUGAAGAGAAGAAGCAACAACUGAUAUCUCAGGCGUUCAGCAAUUGGACUAAACGAGAUUUAAUGUCUUUCGUUAGCGCAUGUGCUAAAUAUGGCCGGACAAAUAUUGAGAUGAUCAGUAAAUCGAUCGGCACAAAAGACCCUGAAGAGGUGAAGAAGUACUCCAAAACGUUCUGGGAAAGGUAUAGAGAGAUAAUAGGUCAUGAGAAAUAUCUGGCUACGAUUGAAAAUGGUGAGAAGAAGAACGAGAGGUUAAAACAACAGGAAUACAUUUUGAGGAAAAAGGUGCAGCAAUACAAAUUCCCUUUACAAGAAAUGACAAUACAGUAUCCGCCAAACAAUGCAAGAAGAACAUACAAUAACUUGGAAGACAAGUUUAUACUAUUGACCUUGAGCAAAUACGGACUUUUUGCGGAAAGAUUAUAUGAAAAAGUGAAACAGGAAAUCAUGGUAAGCGAUCUCUUCACAUUCGACUGGUUCAUCAAGACGAGGUCAUUGCAUGACUUAUCGAAAAGAUCUAACACACUUUUGACAUUGGUAACGAGGGAGUAUGAAUCACCAGAUGCUCUGAAGAAGAAGAGGAACAGAUCACAGGCAAAAGAAGAGACGCCAACUGCUCAAAAUGGCAUGGGUGCGAUCAUGGCCGAACAAGCCGAUGGCGGUACUAUUAAGAAGGUAAAGCCAGACUCUUUAGAACAAAGGUCUUAA